AUGGGUAAUUCCCCACCCAUUUUUAGGAUCAAUGGACAAAACUUUCAUUUAAUGGGAGGAUUACUUCCGCAACAAGGAAAUAAGCCAAAAUUUGUUCAGCUAUACAUCCCUGACACAGAAAAUGAGGUCGAAAACUGCAUCAACGCAUUUAGCGUUUCACAAAAUAUGGAUCAAUUACAUGUCAAGAUAGUGGAAGAUAUUAAGCAAGAUUUAGAUGAUCACAAUGUGUUGGUGAAAUCAUUCCGGUUAGCAAAAAAUCGGAUUGAAUCUAAUCCACGACUAGAGUUUAAGAUGAGGUUGAUUGGUAAACGAAAUGGUGAUGCUAGGACAUACAACUUACCAACUGUAUCUGAGGUAGCUACCUUGAUCGUUGGUGACUUGGACCCCACAAUGGGUCAACGAGAUAUUUUGGUUGAGAGUAAGGCAGGUGGCCUAAAGAGGAUAAAUGAGCUCAAUCCAGCAUAUUUACCUUUGCAGUAUCCUAUUCUCUUCCCGUACGGCGAAGACGGUUAUAGAGAAGAUAUUCAAUUCAAUGUCACCAGAAACCAACAAAGUGGUGGUAGAGUUCGUGUAUCACAGCGUGAGUUCUUCGCUUUUAGGAUACAUGAAAGGUUGAAUGAAGCAUCCACAAUGCUAUAUGCUAGGAGACUUUUCCAACAAUUUCUGGUAGAUGCAUACACCAUGGUGGAAUCUAGCAGGCUUCUCUAUAUUAGAAACAAUCAAAAUGCAUUGAGAUGUGAAGCGUAUAAAGGACUUUCAAAUGCUUUGACCAGAGGAGAAGUUGAUACCAACAAACAAGGUAAACGAAUAAUCUUACCAUCCAGCUUCACUUGCGGUGCUAGGUAUAUGAUUCAGAAUUAUCAGGAUGCAAUGGCAAUUUGUCGACACAAGGGAUAUCCAAACUUAUUUAUCACUUUCACAUGUAAUCCAAAGUGGCCCGAGAUUCAAAGAUACAUGCAAAAAUGCAACUUGAAAACCGAAGAUAGGCCAGACAUUAUAUGUAGGAUUUUCAAGAUGAAGUUAGAUUCUUUAGUGAAAGAAAUACGGUCAGGGAAUCUGUUUUGUGUUGUCACUGCAGAAAUUCCUGGCAAAGAAUUAGACACUGAUUACUACCAAGCUGUUCAAGAAUUUAUGAUUCACGGUCCAUGUGGAAUAGAAAAGCCCAAAUCUCCAUGCAUGGUGAACAACAGGUGUUCAAAACACUUCCCAAAGAAAUUUGUUGAUGUAUCCACUUGGGAUGAUGAGGGGUAUCCAAUAUACAAGCGUCGUGACAAUGGAAAAACUGUGGAGAAGAAUGGUGUGCAAUUGGAUAGCAGAUAUGUCGUACCACAUAAUAGAUACUUGCUUCUCAAAUAUAAGGCCCACAUCAACGUAGAAUGGUGUAACCAAUCUAGGUCAAUCAAGUAUCUAUUUAAGUAUGUGAACAAAGGUAAUGAUAGGGUCACAGCGGAAUUCUACAGGAGCACCACUGAUGAGCGGUCAAAUGAGGUUGUAGAUGAGAUCAGCAUGUAUUAUAAUUACAGGUAUGUUUCUGCCUGCGAGGCAGCUUGGAGACUUCUUAGCUUUGACGUCCAAUUUAGGCAUCCUCCUGUGGAAAGAUUAAGUUUUCAUCUUCCAGAUUGCCAAUCAGUUGUGUUUGAGGAUGAUGACCAUAUAGAAAAUGUACUUAAUCGACUGACAGUAAAUCAAAGGAUGUUCACUGCAUGGUUUGAUGCUAACAAGAAAUAUGAUUCUGCUAAGUCCUUGCCUUAUAUUGACAUGCCAACCAAGUUUGUGUGGAAGAAGGAUAUUAGAGUGUUAUCCAAGGCAGAAAGGGUUCGCCAUUGGACGGAUUUUUUACUUCGGGGUCCUACAAAUUUUGAAGACAUCAAGUCAUAUAAGGGUGUAAUCUAUCCAACUUUUCGAGAUGCCUGCUAUGCAAGAGGGUUGUUAGAUGAUGAUAAAGAGUACAUUGAUGCAAUUAAUGAAACAAGUCAGUGGUCUACUGCUGCAUCAAUGAGAAAAUUAUUUGUUAUAUUACUUACCUCAAACUUGGUUAAUCGCCCGGAAAAUGUGUGGAAUGAAGUCUGGCAUCACCUAUCAAGGGAUGUACAAUACAACAGAUGCAGAGUGUUGCAAGAAAGAGAGUUGUGUUUAUCUGAUGAUGACAAGAAGAAUUUGGCGCUGAUUGAAAUUGAGCGAUUAUUACAGUUGUACAACAAGACCUUGAGCGAUUAUCCUCAAAUGCCAAUUCCAAACUAUGAUUCAGAAUGGCGAUGUGAUAAUCGCCUGUUGUUUGCUGAGCUCAAUUAUGAUUGUGUUGCAUUAAGAGAUGAGAGGAAAACAUUUGUUUGGAAGGCAUUAUCAGCAAAAAUACGGUCACAGGGUGAUAUUGUCAUCAAUGUUGCAUUUAGCGGUAUUGCAUCUUUGCUUCUGCCAGGAGGUCGAACUGCACAUUCAAGAUUCGCAAUGCCAAUUGGUGUUACCGAAGAUUCCACAUGCAACAUCACUCAGGGCAGCCACCUUGCCGAAUUAAUUAUCAAGUGCAAACUUAUAAUAUGGGAUGAAGCACCAAUGAUGCACAAACACUGCUUCGAGGCACUUGAUAGGACAUUGCGUGAUCUCUUGCGGUUCAGUGAUCCUCAUAGUAACAAAAAAACCUUUGGUGGCAAGACUGUGGUUUUGGGCGGUGAUUUUAGACAAAUUUUGCCAGUCGUCCCUAAAGGUUCGAGGCAAGAUAUUGUUUCAGCUUCAAUCAACUCUUCGUAUCUGUGGGAGUCGUGUCAAGUUCUUAGGUUAACAAAGAAUCUAAGACUGAACAAUAGGGAACCAGGAGUGGAUAUGCAAAAGGUUGAACAAUUUGCGUCAUGGUUAGCUGCUAUCGAAGAUGGGACAAUGGGGGGGCCUAAUGAUGGUUAUGCAAAUGUCCAAAUCCCUAAUGAAAUGUUGUUGCCAUCCACUGGUGAUCACAUAGCCACAAUUGUUGAUAGCAUAUUCCCAAUGUUCAAGGAGGGUUGUUGUCAGCAAAAUUACAUGGAAAGUCGUGCAAUUCUGGCUCCAACACUAGAUGUGGUCAAUGCAAUCAAUGAGUAUAUGACUGAUUUGCAUGUUGCUGAAAGCAAGACCUAUCUAAGUUGCGCCACCGUCAGCAAAUCUGAUUCAAGUGAUGGUAUUCUAAAUGAUAUGCACACUCCUGAAUUUCUAAAUGGGUUAAAAGCUUCUGGAAUCCCUAACCAUGCUUUAACUUUAAAGGUUGGCUCUCCGGUGAUGUUAUUGAGAAACAUAGAUCACUCGAUGGGACUGUGCAAUGGUACAAGAUUGAUCAUUACCAGGUUAUCUGAUCAUGUUGUGGAAGCAAAGAUUGUAACUGGAAACAAUGCGGACAAAAUUGUCUUGAUUCCACGGAUGUCAAUGACCCCUACUGAUACAAGAUUGCCUUUUAAAUUCCAAAGAAGGCAAUUUCCUUUAAUGCUCUCAUACGCAAUGACUAUCAACAAGAGUCAAGGUCAAACUUUGACGCAUGUAGGGUUACUGUUAAGGAAACCAGUAUUUGUUCAUGGACAACUAUACGUUGCUGCUUCAAGGAUUAGCAACCCUAAAGGUUUAAAAAUUCUAAUAGCGAACGAAGAAGGAGAGAGUAAUAAUUCUACUACCAAUGUUGUGUACCAUGAAUGUUACUGCAUUGGUAUCAUUGAUUCGGUUUUUGGCUCACUGUCGUCUGCCUCACUUUAUCUUCCCGCUUCAGAGCCAGAGACCACUUCUCGCAUCAGCCGCCGCUCUCCUUCCACUUCAACAGUUUUGCCGGUGCCGUGUAAACGUGCUGCUCUCGGCCGGGGGUAA